CUAAAUCAUUCACAAUGGGUUUCACCGACUUUGUCUCUGAGGCUGGCCUCACCCUCGCCAACAACUACUUCGCUAACCGCAGCUACGUUGUUGGUGACGGUGCUACCCAGGCCGAUGUCGUGACCUUCAAGGCCUUCUCCGGUGCCCCUGACGCCGAGAAGUACCCCAACGUUGCCCGCUGGUACAAGCACAUCGCCUCGUACGAGUCGGAGUUCUCCACUCUCCCCGGCGACCCCACCAAGGCUUUCACCACCUACGGUCCUGAGGCCACUGAGAUGCCCACCAACCCCAAGGACAAGCCCGAGGCUGAGGAGGAUGAUGACAUGGACCUCUUCGGCUCCGAGGAUGAGGAUCCCGAGGUUGUCCGCCAGCGUGAGGAGAACCUUGCUGCCUACCGCAAGAAGAAGGAGGCCAAGCCUAAGGCUAUCGCCAAGUCCAUGGUGACCCUCGAGGUCAAGCCCUGGGAUGAUGAGACCGACCUUGAGCAGAUGGAGAAGAACGUCCGUGCCAUCGAGAAGGACGGUCUGGUCUGGGGUGCCUCCAAGUUCCAGGUCAUUGGCUUCGGUAUCAAGAAGCUCCAGAUCAACAUCGUCAUUGAGGACGACAAGAUCUCCCUUGACGAGCUCCAGCAGGAGAUCGAGGAGGACGAGGACCACGUCCAGUCCACCGACGUUGCUGCUAUGCAGAAGCUGUAAAUGCUAUGCCAAUUAUGAUGAAGCGCAAUGGUGUGAUGAAGGAUCUACGGACGUUAUAGUAUCAUGAAUCAGAAUUAGAAUCGACUGGUUAACUCCGAGUCGUUUGAUGAAGACAAAAAAAAAACAAAUACCCAUUUUAAAUUCAAA